UCAAACACAGGCUCCGGCUUGGAUAACAACCGAUGUCCUCAGUCGCCGCCCUGCAUCGCCCCGAGCGAGCUUUAUUCAACCGCAAAACAAGAAAGCCUGGCCAAUGGCGUUCAGGAAGGCUCUGAAACGGACGGCGAUCAUAGGCGGCGGGGCGGUUGCCACAGUUUUUGGCCUGUCGCAGCUAGUUGAGUACAGAAAGGCGAAGCAUGGAUUGGCACGGUUAUCCCAUGUAGCAGCAGAAGCAGAGCUGAAGGUUCCCUUCGCGGACGAGUUUCCUUCUCGGCAGGCCCAGCUCGCCGCGCUGAAAAACACUGAGGAGUUUGAUGUUCUGGUUGUCGGAGGAGGAGCCACGGGUGCAGGAUGUGCCUUAGAUGCUGUCACACGCAACCUCAAGACUGCUCUGGUCGAGAGAAGCGAUUUCUCUUCAGGAACGAGCAGCCGCAGUACCAAACUCAUCCACGGUGGAGUGCGCUACCUCCAGAAGGCCAUCAUGCAGUUAGACUACGAACAGUACAUGAUGGUGAAAGAGGCCCUGCACGAGCGAGCUAACCUCCUGGAGAUUGCACCUCACCUGUCAGCGCCGCUACCCAUCAUGCUUCCUGUUUACAAAUGGUGGCAGUUGCCUUAUUACUGGGCAGGGAUCAAGAUGUACGACUUGGUGGCUGGGAUCCAGUGCCUGAAGAGCAGCUACGUCCUCAGUAAGACGAAGGCCUUGGAGCUUUUCCCCAUGCUGAAGAAGGACAAGUUGGUGGGAGCCAUUGUCUACUAUGACGGGCAGCACAAUGACGCUCGUAUGAACCUGGCCAUCGCCCUCACAGCUGCCCGCUACGGCGCCGCCAUCUCCAACUACACCGAGGUGGUUCACUUGCUGAAGACGAAAGACCCGCAGACUGGCAAGGAGAGGGUGUGCGGUGCCCACUGCAGGGACGUCAUCACAGGAGAGGAAUUUGACAUUAAAGCCAAGUGUGUGAUCAACGCCACCGGGCCAUUCACAGACUCACUGAGGAAGAUGGACAACCAGGAAAACACCAACAUCUGCCAACCCAGCGCUGGUGUACACAUCGUCAUCCCCGGUUACUACAGCCCUGACAAUAUGGGUUUGCUGGAUCCGGCGACAAGCGACGGGCGUGUCAUCUUCUUCCUGCCCUGGCAGAAGAUGACCAUCGCCGGGACGACCGACACGCCCACCAGCGUGACAGCCCACCCCAUCCCGGGGGAGGACGACAUCAACUUCAUCCUGAGUGAGGUGCGCAACUACCUCAGCCCUGAUGUAGAAGUGCGUCGAGGAGACGUGUUGGCAGCAUGGAGCGGUAUCCGUCCCCUGGUGACGGACCCCAACUCUAAAGACACUCAGUCCAUCUGCAGGAACCACAUCGUCAGUGUCAGUGACAGCGGACUGGUCACCAUUGCUGGUGGGAAGUGGACUACCUACAGAUCCAUGGCUGAAGAGACCCUGGAUGCAGCCAUCAAAUCACACGGACUCAAAGCCGAGCCUUGCAAGACUGUGGGUCUGAUGCUGGAGGGGGCUAAGGGCUGGACGCCGACGCUCUACAUCCGCCUGGUGCAGGACUACGGCUUGGAAAAUGAGGUCGCUCAGCAUCUGGCCUCAACGUACGGAGCAAAGGCGUUUGAUGUCGCCAAGAUGGCUCUGGUCACUGGGCAAAGAUGGCCAAUCGUAGGGAAAAGACUGGUGUCAGAGUUUCCUUACAUUGAGGGCGAGGUGCUGUAUGCGAUCAAGGAGUACGCCUGCACGGCCAUCGACGUCAUCGCCCGGCGAACACGCCUGGGCUUCCUGAACGUGCAGGCAGCGGACGAAGCCCUGCCACGUAUCGUGCAGAUCAUGGGGAAAGAGCUGGACUGGAGUCAGGAGCGGAAGACGGCGGAGCUGGAAGCCGCUAAGAAGUUUUUAUACCACGAGAUGGGCUACAGGUCGCGCUCCGAGCAGCUGACCAAGACGUCUGAGAUAAACCUGGACUACCAGGAAAUAGUCAGGUACAAGAAACGCUUCCAUAAGUUUGACAAAGAGAGCAAAGGAUUCAUCACCACUGUCGACGUCCAGCAGGUUUUGGAAAGCAUCAAUGUCCACAUUGAUGAAAAUGCGCUCCACGAAAUCCUUAAUGAGGUGGACCUCAACAAGAACGGACAAAUUGAAAUUGAUGAAUUCCUGCAGCUGAUGAGCGCGGUGAAGAAGGGACAAGUGUCGGACAGCCGUCUGGCCAUUCUGAUGAAAACGGCGGAGGAAACUCUGGAUAUGAGAGGGCCUGUGACGGUGGACCGCAGCGGGGGCGGAGUCUGAGCCGGAGAAUAUCAGGGAUGCCAAGAAAACCUUCAGCUAUAGUUUGUUUUUGUUUUUUUUAAGGUGGUGAUGACAAAAAAAAAAAAAUGUCUCAUGCAAAUGACGUUAUUUGAAUGACAAUAAUGCAAUCAAGGACGCGGCGGGAUGAAUUUGGCCAAAUCAAGUGCAGAUCAGCAUCACUCCUGAGUGUGUUUUGGGUGAAAUAGUAUCUAAUGAUUGACUGAGAUUUGUUUUUCACAAAGUCAGACUGUAGGUCUGUCUGUGUUUGUCUGUGUUUGUGUGUUUGUGUGUGUGUUUUGUCUUUUGUCCUGAUCAGUUUUCAACAUCUGGUGCCUCUGAUAUUACACAGCACACAAAGUAUCUGUUUUAUACUGUCUUUUAAACAAAACCUUCAAUAUUUUAAUCAUCACAUGAUCUUUGUAGUCUCUUCAACACUCCUUUUUUUAAAACUUUGCUUACGUUCAUUUGUAACAUUAUCGACACUGAUUGUUGUGUAAAUACUGUCCUCAAUGCGAUGCAGCUUAUUCAAAUGGCAACUGAUUAUUUGGUUAUGCUUUAUUUUACAGGUCCAUAAUUUUAUAACAGUUUCUUAGAAAAUUUCCUGGAAAUGUGGUGCUAAUUUUAGGGAAAAUAGAGACAAUUAGCACGUUUCUAUUUAACUAAACGUAAUUGCUAACAUAACCAAAAGAGUGGAAAUUUUGACACACCUUUCACUUAAAAGUGAAUGCACAUAUACAGCACUGAGAUCUUCUUAACAAGUAACUUUUAUUUGUUUACAGUAUUUAAAUGCAAACUGCAACAUAUUGUAAAAAUUAUUUGGUAUGAAAAGGAAGCUUCAUACACUUUGAUCACUCAAAUCGAGCAGCGACAACUCAUCAUAUUCAUCUUCAUUUAAUGAAUUUGCACUUUUAUCAUGAAAUAGCAAAUGGCCUACACAAGUUAGAAUAAAAAGAAAAGAGAAGAUGUGGAAACUGAAAACACAACAUCAGUAAUUUGGCGUUUCUGAAAGCCUCCGACAUUCAUCACUGUGAUUAUAGCUGUCUGAACAAUUGCGCUUAUUUCCAGGAAACUUCCUUGAAAAUUAUUAAGAAAUCACAGAACCCUUAAAAUAAAGCAUUACCAAGCAUUUUAAUGUGUUCUUUCUGAUCUUAGCACGUUACAAGCUCUAGUCAGGUAAUAUUUAACGACUCUUAAAGCACUCUGAGAUGUUUCUCAAGCACUUCUACGCUGCCUGUUCUCAGCCCGGAAGAGUUAUUAUAGAGUAUAUUUUAGGGUGAAAGUUGCUCUGGGAUUAUCUUACAGCUUGAAGGCGCACAUCUUCUUGUCUACUGUGUGUUUUUUCCAUCUAUUGCACUACAAGCAAACUACUGAUACUGAGGUUUACAUGACAAGGUUUCCAGCUUUAGCGUUACUGUUGCUUUUAAAUCACAGCUUUUGUUCUCUUCUGUCCAUAUAUAUUUUUAAAAAUUAUUUAUUCCUUUUUCUCUUUGUAUAUAUACACGACUACAUUUAAGGAGAUUAUAGAUUUAAAUAUAUUGCAAAGGGAAGUGUAAAAACAGGAUAUGUGUGAGUUAUUUUUAUUAAGUGGAAUUGCAUGCUACAUAUUAACCCUAUUCUCUAAAUGAUGUAAACAACUUAGUCUUUUAUUUCUGCACUUGUGGUCGAGAGUGAGAUCAUAAAUGCUGUAUUAACGCACACCAUUAUGUCAGCAGAAAAACUGAUAUAAUCCUGCAUGCUGUUAGCUGGUGUUUUAUGUGACAAAGAUAAGAUUUUAAUCCAGCAUGGACAUUUAUCUUCACAUCAUAGCAUGCUUUAUGUUCAGCGUUUGGUGAUUUUUAGGGGUUGAAUGGAAAUGAAUGUAUGAUAUGUGCCUUGAUGUGCCUAGAAUAUGACACUCAACCAUUUGCCCUCUUAUUCACAACUCCACAUGUUUUACAAAUACAGGAAAUAAUGUUGAGAAUGAAGAUAUUUAUAUAUCUGUUAUUACAUAAGGAAUAGUAUUUAAACUCUACCGUAUAUUUCACUGUGUAAAAACGGGGGCCUGUUGCAAAGGUCGAGCCGCCAUGUUGGAGGAGUUUGACUGAAAUGGGCCAAGACUGGUAUUUUUAGUUUGGUUAUUUGACGUGUGUGUCAGUUAAAAAGGACACAUAUUUCAUUUUUUAGGGCUGGGUAUCGAACACCAAUGUUUUUUAACCGAAAGCUGGCGUCAUAUUUUUUAACUUCUUCACUGUUUCUUUGAUUAGAUAGAUCCUGAUUUAGAUAAAAAUGUUGCCAGUUUCAGGCUUUUUUAUUCUGGCAAACUUAAGACAACAUUGAAAGGUCCUAUGUGGAGUUUUAGACCACUAGUGGCCAUAUGGAGCCAUGUUUUUAUUUUGUUUGUAUUGCGAUAUAGUUUCACACUAUUCCACUGAUUUACAGUUGGUACCAAAUUUAUUUGAAGACCCAUACAGAUUUAAAAUAGUUACAAUCAUCAAGGAUUAAAUCACAAAAAAGCCAAAAAGCUGCAUUUCCAUUGUGGAAACAAAGGCAGAUCAGAAGACGAAGGCUGCAAGCUGUUUUAACAAUCGCCUUUGUAAAUGUUUUUUGACAAAGGAAAAUUCUCCACAGGGUUCCUUUAACAUUAAAGGACUUGGGCCUCUUUAAUUAAAUGGAUUAAAGGUGAUAUUCUUCUAAGUAUCAAAAAAGUCAAGAAGUCAAAAUAUGUGUAUUGUCGAUGCUGAAACUCAGGUAUCAUGUUGAAACCAGUAUCAAAAAAUGAUACCUAGUCCUAUUAUUUAGAUUUUGUGUACUGUGCCAGUUUAGAAAACCAUUUGAAACAGCAGUCAGACCAUUAUAAACACUAAAAUUCCUCAAGAGUCCCAUAUAAUGAAAUUAUUUUAUUGUUGGGAACCUGUUUGUUUUUUUUUUUUAAAAUGAUGGAAAGUGGGUUUUUUUAUUCCUCCAACACAGCGGUGCGUCCAUCCUCGCUCUUCCUCCUCACAGGCCCCUGUUGAAGGUUUUAUAUUGUGAAAGACAGUGUGUGUGUGUGUGUGUGUGUGUGUGUGUGAUUGUGUGCAGACUGUACUUCUUUAUUGCCUUCAUAUUUUGAUUUACAUUUAGUACUAAUUCAGUUCAGCUAUUGACACUUUCUUUGGACUUUCUUAUGCAGUGAACAGAAUCAUUCCAUACUUUAGGUUUCCCUCCCAUGAACCAACACUGUAACUGUUAUUGAAGUGUGUGUAUCAGUGUGUCGUCACUCGGGGGUUCGGCUACAAUACCUUGACAACUGAGGACUUCAAACUGCCAAUGCCGGCCCAUCAAGAAUAGCUUAUGGGCAGCACAACUUAAAUCCACAUCCUGAUGUUUGAUUGUCUUCUUCGGAUGAAAUUACAGCUUUAUCCAGGCUCAAAGAGAAUCAUAUUCCUUUUUUUUUCCACCAAAACUGUAAGAAUACUAUGUCAGUCUUCAGGAGAAAAAAAAACAACGCAAUUAUCUAAUUAAAUGUAUCUGGUUGCUUGCAAA